AAAAAGUAGAGAUCAACCACUUUCCCUUGAAACCACUGCUCCCAUUGGGUUCCACUCUCUGGCAAAACUCCACCUACAUUCUGUGACUUUUUUUUCCUUCCUCCUUCCUUUCUGUGCUCAUAGCUCUGUCUCCGCUUACAGAGUGACAUCACUGGAGUUUCCCCUUUGCAGAAUCAGCUGCAACUGCAUAUAUACUACAAGCUCUCUGCCAGGAGUUCACUCAAUAGCAACACAAAGAGAGAGAGAGACAGCGAGCACUGGAAGCACCUGAAGACUCACACGCGGCAUCCACUGUUUAUUUGGUAGAUUCUUUUCUUUUUCUAAACGGCACUCAGGACUCUUCAGAUUGUGUUCAGCAUGGUGUCCCACACGACAGCACCAGGGGACGUGGAGAGGGGUCUCGACGAGAGGAUGGUGGUUUUGGUGGAAAAGAAGCCCUCCGCCGGGCGGCUAUGCAAGAUGUCCGUGGCCAUCCUGGUCGUGGCCCUUUGCCUGGGGGGCAUCCUGCUGCUUGCUUGGUUCUGGCCAGGUUUAAAGAAGCAAUCAGGACAAACAGAAUCAGGACAAACAGAAGCGAUGCUCCAGACUAAGAGUGCUGAGAAAACAGAUCAUCACUCUACGUUGAGGCAAAUCAGCAGCAAAGCCAAGGCAGCCAUCCAUUUAGAAGGCAACUACGAAGAAGACGACGAUGGCUCCCAGGGGAGGCUGGAGUGGAAAAGCGGUCAAGGCCAGGCGUUCGCUCAGGGCGGCUUCCGGCUGGAGGGCAACAAGAUCGUUAUCCCGCACACCGGCCUCUACUUCGUCUACAGCCAGUCGUCCUUCAGGGUGUCCUGCGGCGACGGCGACGAGGAGGGGGCGGGACAAAGCCACGUGCCUCUCAGCCACCGGGUCUGGCGCUACACGAACUCCCUGGGCAAGGAGGCCUCCCUGAUGAACGCCGUGAGGUCGGCGUGUCAGAACGCGCCGCAGGAGGACGGCUUCAGGGACGGACAGGGCUGGUACAACGCCAUUUAUCUGGGCGCUGUGUUUAAGCUGAACAAGGGCGACCGACUGCGGACGGAGACCAACCAGCUGUCGGAGCUGGAGACCGAUGACGGGAAGACUUUCUUCGGCGUGUUCGCCCUUUGAAGUGACUCCUUGGUGUGGUCGUAGCCAACACGAAGCUCUGCGCGGUGCCUUAUGUUUUGUUUUGAUAUCAUGUAGGUUCUUUAUUAUUAGUAUUCAUCUCAUGGUGACGUAGAAAGGUUUAAAUCUCAAUGGAGAUGAAGCUUUUUCGCCCAACAGGCGGUGCACAUUUAAGAAAUCCUAUGAACUGUAACAGUUUGCAAGAUUUGUUUUUUAUUUUUGUAUAUUAUUUAUGCUGACAUGAGAUUGUAGUACUAUCAUUUCUGUAUCAGGGACACCUGUGGAAUGAACCUCUAAGUAUUUAUUUGUAUUUAUUUAUAUUUGAAUUGUUGGAAUUGAUACUCGAUCAUAUUUAUAUGUUUUACAUGCACAUGAAUUUGAUUAAACUGCAAAAAAAACAAA